GCAUAUUCCAUCAAAUUCACCCUUGAAACGUCUGCUAUCAUCUGUCUUCAAUAUGUUCUUUGUUACACUCUCGUAAAUCUAAUGAUUUCGUCUCAUGCUCGCCACUACGUUUGGGUGUUACAUUUACCAGCAGUUUGAUUACAGUCAGAGUACGAGUACGUAGAGUGCAGAGCAAAUGUAAGCAAAUUCGACACGGUUUACUUUAAUUGCAAUGUCAGUUCGGUUCGUAAUUACUAGGCUACACAGAAGUCAACACGUUCUGCAUUUUCUCCUCGCUCGCAGAAACCUAACGACAUGGAUCUGAUUGCUCCAUUGUGACAAACACAAAACAUGAAAUCAGCGACCGAUCGGACAGAGGUUUUUAUCCGUUUUAUCGAAUUUUCAUCCACACAUCAAAUUAAUUAACCUUUGCACCGUCGUUUAACUACUCCCCCGUGAAAUCUGCUAGUAAUGUACUGAUAAAGGUGUAUCAAGUUUUAUAUCUGGUAAGAGGUUCGGAAUACUUCAUCAGUGAUUCAUUUGUUUCUGGAUCGAGUAACAAACAUUAAAACAAUCGAAAAGUUAAAUUAUUGUUAUAAAAUGCCUUGUGGUAAGUGUGGUGCUGAUUUCACAGUGUUUCUUUGGAAAAUCAAAUGUUAUGAGUGUGAGGAAAACUAUUGCUCCAAAUGUCUAAACAAAAUUGAUGGUGAUACAUUUUGUGAAACAUGUGCAGUCCUCAUCAAAAGACCUCCAGUUCGAACAAAAUUAAUGGAAUUAAAGUCAAAAGAUCUUCAAAGCUAUCUGAACAAGCAUAAUGUAUCAACUAGAGGAAUAGUAGAAAAACAAGAACUGGUUGAAUUGUUUUAUAAAUCUCCGAUUCCGCCGAAAGACAAGCGAAAACACAAGCGCUUCAAUUGUAAUUUCUCCGGAUCGGUACCAAAUCUCGCACAAAGAUCCCAAACGUAUCUAAAUAAUCUGCGUACUUCUGCGGAGACGGCGUUUAAUUCGCGUAACUGGGCACCUGGAGGCACACACGGUUCUAAUGGCAACAAUGGCCAUGGUCAUUCAGCGCAAAGCACUCCAAUUCGUACCCCGCAAGCAACGUCUCCGAAUAGACCUAAUCCUGGUACUUUCAAUACCUCAAAUACUACGUUUACCACAUUUACGAUAAACAAUGAUCCACCUCAUGUGUUUUCCACGACUACAUCAAGCGGAAUGGGUGGUGGUAGUGUUAAUUCCAGUGCGGGAACGUCAAAUUCAAGUUAUGGGACAACUCCUAAUACAACGACUCAUAAUACUGCAACGUCCACUCCGCAACCACCACCGAAUGCACCAUCUGCAGAACAACCGGAGUCUAGCCCACAAGUACCUAAAAAAUAUCCGAAACUUUCCGAUUUUCAGUCUCCGGAUGAUUUUAAUGACUUGUCAGUGAAACAGUUGAAGGAAUUGUUGAGUUUAAACCGUGUGGACUACAAGGGGUGUGUAGAGAAAGCCGAAUUACUCGAACGUGCUAGUCGUUUAUGGAUAGAUUCAAAUAUACGGAAAGAAGAAGGUGAUACUGACGGUAACAUGGAUGAAGCUUGUAAAAUCUGCAUGGAUGCACCAUUAGACUGCGUCCUGCUAGAGUGUGGCCACAUGGCGACUUGUAUUGAUUGCGGCAAACGACUUGCAGAGUGUCCCAUCUGCAGGCAGUACGUGACGAGAGUUGUACGAACAUUCAAAGCAUAAGACAAUAUAUAUCUAAAAGAAAUAAUAAAUUAAUUCAAUGUUCAAAUUAUAUUCAUGCGCGAAUAGAAAGCGAAAACGUUGAUGUGAUUGCAGUCACUGUUUCUUUGAGACUAAUUAUUAUUAAAUAGCUGUGAAUGUUGAGAAAAACACUAGAACUAAAAUACUUCUUUUAAGAUUUGAAAUAUCUCAGUAUUUAGUGUUUUUAUUGCAACAUUCAAUAAAUCACACAUACAUUCGUACAUAACUAAGCUAUUUGGGAAAAUAUAACAAAUAUAUUUAUUUUCUAUCAAUUGACAACACAGAUAUUGACAUUUAUUGCGUGUGAAACAAAUUAUUCACGUUUUUAUCAAUAAUUUCUCAUUUUGUAACGAAUUAUUAUACAUGUUUGAUUGAUUAUGGCCGAUUUGUUGUGACAGCAGUAUCAGAAUUAACUUGCUUAUGUUUAAUCACUGUAUAGAUUAGUUAGGAUGAGUUUUAUUCAGUAAUAUCUAAUGAGAAUCGGCGGAAGGCAGAUAAAUCUAAAAGUUGUGAUAUGUGUUGGAAUAUUAGUUGUUAUUAUUUGAUGUAUUUUAUGAUAAAACCUGUGAUUCUGAUUAAAGUUUCCAGAGAAUUGAAUUGAACAAAAA